GAAAGUGGUUUUACAAGUCUUUUGAAUAUUGGUUUGUGUGUUAACUUGAAGAAAGUUAAAGUAAAAAAAGUUUUGAUUUGUUUCUGUUUCACUAUUUGAUAAGACUCGGAAGAGUUCAAAGUUUACUUCAAAAUGCCCAAAGUAUUUUUAAUACGUAAAAGACUGAAUCUCAGGCAGUCUAACCAACAGUCUAAUCAGCAGUCACAGUGGCGUCCAGUUACUCCACCACCAAGUCCUGAGGACGAUCAACCACCACCUUCAGUGUCCUCAUCGUACACAUCUUCCGAUGGUAUCUUGACAAGAUCACCGACUCCUUCAGAGCUUGAAUAUGCCAAAUCUGAUCCUACUUCAGUGUUUUAUGUGAGACCACCUUCAGUGUACUCCACCUCAAACGAUGGUUACAUGACUAGUUCAUCAACUACAUCUGAUGACUUUGGAUGUCAGAGUAUUCCUUUGGACCUUAAAAUGGAUUCAAAACCUGUGUACCAAACUAUGUUGAGAGACCUUAAGAUUGCAUCUGAACCAAAAGUAACAGUGACUGAGGAAAUGUAUCAACAGUCCGUUGCAACUGCUCGUAAUGAUAAAGAUAAUGAUGGAAUCGCAGCUACUUUCGCUCCAACCUUCGAGUCUUUAGCAGAAAAACUGAGAAUUCCUCUUCACAUGUUUCGUUCAAUUGAUUUUGUUAAUGGAGGCCAUGGAAUCAAGAACCCAAUACUUUCUAAUGCAAAUGCUAAGCCAGUUAUCCAACCAAGUUUAGAUGAUCCAAUGAAAUGUCCAAUAUGUGAAAAACGCUUCACUUUAACUCGUUUACUUAAUCGUCACCUUAAAUGUCAUUCAGACAUAAAACGCUAUUUAUGCACAUUUUGUGGUAAAGGCUUUAAUGACACUUUUGAUCUCAAAAGACAUACCAGAACUCAUACAGGUGUUCGUCCAUACAAAUGUAAUCAUUGUGAUAAAUCAUUUACUCAAAGAUGCUCUCUCGAAUCUCAUACUCUUAAAGUCCAUGGUAUUUCGCACACAUAUGCAUACAAGGAAAGGAGGACAAAAAUUUACGUUUGCGAGGAGUGUGGAAACACUACCGAUCAACCAGAAUCGCAUUAUCUCCAUCUUAAACAGAAUCAUCCUUAUUCGCCUGCUUUGGCAAAAUUUUACGACAAAAGGCAUUUCAAGUUUAAUGAUACCAACUUUCCCUUUGCUGAAUGAAAAUAUCAGUUCCUCGACCAAUUCCAUUGUUAUCAGUCUCAUCAUUUGCAUCAACUACAAUUUUUUUUUAAUUUUAUUGAUAUUUUUUGGGUGUUAUCACCAUUUUUCUAUCUUUUUUCUCACAAUCUCUUUACAUCUCGAUUGGCUUGAAAUCCACCGCUAAUGACAACGAUUCUGAGUAAUCUGUUUAAUUAUUAUAAGCAAGCUAUUGAUUUUGCCUUUAAAACAGGAAAUCUUUUCAUUAUCAAUCAAUUGUUUUUUAAUUAA